AUGCGCACCUACUCAGCCAGCGCCCUUUCGCUCCUCCCACAUUACAACAGCAAGACAAUCUUGCAGAAGCACGCCCUCUACACCAUCACUAAAGACGGCAGUGUCACCGUCAGUUACACUCGACGGGUGUGCCUGCUGGCAUCACGACCGACAGCCCGCGACUUCACGACCAUCCUUGGGCACGCGCCCAUCGACGUGCCCUGCAUCGUCGCCGACAAGGCCAACAUCGAGUCGCUGGCACAGACCCAACUCAACGAACCACAGCUGGGCAUCUAUGCGGGGGUGGCCCACGCCCUCUAUCCAUUCCCCGUGGGCAGUGCCGAGGAUCACGAUUUCCUUUCAAAUCACAAGAGCAUGUACCAGAAUCCAGGGAUCCACACGCAGUUUUGGCCAAUCCUGAUCCACAAGCUCGCCACCCACCAGCAUGUCAACAAUCUGUCGCGUCAGCAGAUCUGGCUCGAGGACGAACGCGGCCUCCUUCGGUGUGGAACCGAUCGCCCGUGGUUGCCCAUCGCCAUUGACAUGAGCCAGUCCAAGCAUGGUGGCGGUCACGCCAUCCUGCUCCUCGUCAACCUCGCGUUGGGCCGCGCCUACCUCUUCGAACCCAACGGCGCCGGACUCACCGACGACGAGCUUGGGGGCGUGGUUCUGCCACCCAUCUACCGGAUGCUGUGGGUCACCACCCAGUUCAUCGCCAACGCCGACAACCAUGUGCUCAGCCAGGGGCCACAGAAUCUGUAG